UUUUAGAAAUUGAUGCAGCGCAUUCAAAACCCAGAGUAUUCCACCACCAUGGAUGUUGCUCCAGUCAUUCUUGCUGCCCACCGGAACAAUUAUGAGAUUUUGACCAUGCUAUUAAAGCAAGACAUCUCUCUGCCCCGACCCCAUGCUGUAGGGUGCGAGUGCACCCUCUGUAAUGCCAAGAACAAGAAGGACAGUCUUCGUCACUCAAGGUUCCGUCUAGAUAUCUAUCGGUGCCUUGCUAGCCCAUCCUUGAUCAUGCUUACGGAAGAAGACCCCAUUCUGAGAGCAUUCGAGCUCAGUGCUGAUCUGAAAGAGCUGAGCCUGGUGGAAGUGGAGUUUCGGAAUGAUUAUGAAGAACUUGCCAAGCAAUGCAAGAUGUUCGCCAAGGACCUGCUGGCUCAGGCCCGCAACUCUCGCGAGCUGGAGGUCAUACUGAACCACACGUCCAGUGAGGACCAUGUAGACAAGAGAGGCCUACUAGAGGAACGCAUGAACCUCAGUCGCCUCAAACUGGCCAUAAAAUACAACCAAAAGGAGUUCGUUGCCCAGUCCAACUGUCAGCAGUUCCUGAACACGGUGUGGUUUGGCGAGAUGGCGAGCUACCGCCGUAAGCACACAUGCCUGAAGAUCCUGUCUGUUUUGAGCGUGGCGCUGAUGUGGCCUCUGCUGUCCAUCUGUUACCUGCUGGGACCCCGUUCUCGAGUGGGCCAGGUCAUCCACACACCUUUUAUCAAGUUCAUCAUCCAUAGUGCCUCCUACUUCACCUUCCUGCUCCUUCUAAACCUUUACUCACUGGUCUACAACGAGGAUAAGAAGAACACCAUGGGUCCCCCUUUGGAGUUGAUAGACUACCUUCUCAUUCUCUGGAUUAUAGGCAUGGUGUGGUCUGAUGUGAAGCGUCUGUGGUAUGAGGGAUUGGAGGAUUUCCUGGAAGAGUCACGGAACCAGCUGAGUUUUGUCAUGAACUCUCUUUAUUUGGCCACUUUUGCCCUAAAAGUGGUGGCUCACAGCAAGUUUAAGAACGUUGAGGAAGAGCCAUUUGUAGAGAGGAAAAACUGGGAUGCAUUCCAUCCCCUCUUGGUUGCUGAAGGCCUUUUUGCGUUCGCCAAUGUUCUGAGCUAUCUCCGUCUGUUCUUCAUGUACACCACCAGCUCUAUCUUGGGGCCUUUACAGAUCUCCAUGGGCCAGAUGCUACAAGAGUUUGGGAAGUUUCUUGGCUUAUUCUUGCUUGUACUCAUCUCUUUCACCAUUGGCCUGACACAACUCUAUGGAAAAGACAAUUACCUAUCCAGCUCCAAAAAUAUAACCAAGGACUGCGAGGGCAUCUUCUGUCGAGAGCAGAGCAACGACACCUUUCACACGUUUAUGGGGACAUGUUACGCCCUCUUCUGGUACAUUUUUUCCCUGGCACAUGUGGCUCUGUUUGUUACAAGGAUUAGCUACACAGAGGAGCUGCGGUCGUUUGUUGGUGCUCUUAUCAUUGGUACCUACAACAUUGUUGUGGUCAUCGUUCUCACCAAACUCCUGGUGGCCAUGCUGCAUAAGAGCUUCAGACAGAUUGCUAACCAUGAAGAUAAGGAGUGGAAGUUUGCCCGGGCCAAGCUGUGGCUCAGCUACUUCGAUGACAAGUGCACACUGCCUCCACCUUUCAACAUCCUACCCUCUCCCAAGACCGUGUGUUACUUGGUCAUCAGCUUGAGCAAAUGGAUCUGUUCCCACACCUCCACAGGCAAGGUCAAGAGACAGAAUAGCCUCAAGGAAUGGAGAAACCUGAAGCAGAAAAGAGAUGAGAACUAUCAGAAGAUUAUGUGCUGUCUUGUUCACCGUUACCUGACCUCUACAAGGCAGAAGAUGCAGAGCACGGACCAGGCCACGGUAGAGAACCUCAAUGAUCUGCGGCAAGACCUCUCCAAGUUCCGCAAUGAAAUGAGGGACCUUUUGGGCUUCCGCACCUCCAAAUAUGCCAUGUUUUACCCCAGAAGCUAAGCCAUGUGCAUUUAGUAAAAGUGACCCAGCAUGCUCAACAACACUCUUCUUCUUUUUCUUUGGAAGAUGAAAAAGUCCUGGGACUCUACUGGAAUAGUAUUAAGUUCUGUUUAUUCUACACCAAAGCCUGCAGAAUCAUAACUUAUGUAAUAUUCUUGCAUCCUACUUGUUUUCUAAAAGUGUCAUUCUUUUCAAAUAAAUAACAUUUAUUAUGAAGAAAUGUUUUAUAUUGAACUUGCAUAAGUUCUUAGUAACUUGCAGUAUUUGAAUAUGCAUUUUAAGACUAAUUCACAUUUAAUGUAUUGUAAAGACACAGUCUUCAACCCUGCUCCUGAAGACCAACUGUCCUGCAACGUUUAUUUCUAACCUGCAUGUAAUUUUGUUCAUGUCAAGUGAUCAUGAAGACUUUGAUUGACUGGUUCGGGUGUGUUUGAUUAAGGUUGGACCUAAACUCCACAGGACAAACCCACUGAGCCCAGGAGCUGGGUUGAAGACGUCUGAGAAUAUCUAAUAUGAUUUUUUUGU